UGAUGACUGGGUCCAGUGGAGAGACUUUGACAGCUAAAGGAUCCGGACCUCGCGGUGGAAUGGUUUGCCCAAAACCUGACGGUCAAAGUAACGUCAGAGCAGUGAAGGAUAAGUUAAAAAAGCAACUGAAAAUACCUGGCUUUAAGCGAUGCCCAAAGACUCCAAAACCUAGCACCAGUAAUGCAGUGGAGAUCCCUCCUCCAAAAAUGGUGGUUCUAAGCUUCAUGGAUCACCUGAAUCAGAAAGCCUUGGCAGAGGCCUCCAAGCAUCUGAUCUCUCUGGAGGAGCAGCUCUUCACUCAGAAAGGUGCAGAGACUGAGGGGGGGAGUCUGACCAGGAAUGGGGAGGAGGAGGACAAGCUGCAUGAAGACUAUCAAACUCUACUGGUCCAGUUAUGGAUGGCUGUUCAUGACAGCUUCAAUCCCGCGCCUUCAAGAGAACACCUGGAGGUUCUGCGUUGUGCCGUGAUCGCCGUAAUGCAACAGGAAGAGCAAGACCGCCAAUGGGAGGACUGCCCGGAUGGUCUCAGUCCUCCUGAAUGGCGUCCUCUUAUGUGCCGAAGCUACCACAACUCAUUGCUUCAAAAGAUGGUGGAGUCACGGUUGAGGAAUGCAACCGUACAACGAGAUAUUGAAGGUGCAGACAACCUGUCAACAGAUAUGAAGCGGGAGGUGUGUAAAGGUGGGAAUUGCUUGAAGAAAGACCUUCUUGUGGUCGUCAGAGACGUGAAAGACUGCUACCCACAGGAUUUGGAUAUUUGUAAUCUGUACGCAAGCUUGUAUCACCAAACCUUCUCCAAACAACUAACAGAGCUAGCCCGUUCUGGACUUGAUGUGGAUGACUGUACCUAUCUUCUGUUCUGGAUCAAUGAUUACUAUCCAAACACCAUCUUGCAAGAUAAAGAACUUAAAAUUAACAUCAACUGUGAGUCCAUGGGAAGUCUCGUGCCUGAAGAAGACCAGGCAGUAUUAGAGGAACAGUAUGUAGCACACAAAGAGGAUAAAGUAAUAACUUGGUUUGAUGAAGCUCUAAAAAACGAAGUGAAGGAUUGGCAUAGGGGAAAGAUGCCUGAUAUCAUAGAUGGAUACUGUUUCUGCCCCCUUGCCAUAUACAUCAUACAGGUUAUCAACUGUGCUGUGAACGAAUGCAAGUCUAUUCUGGGCAACAAGUGCAAAACCCAGAGAAUCCUGUCGAAGCUGGAAAGCUUCUUGAUAAGCUAUAAAAACUUUCUGGAUGAGUUUAUGAAAGGAAGACGAGACAAUACACAGGCCAUCUUGAAAGCUAACCUGGUUAGCAUCAAGCAAAUCAGGGACUUCAUAAUAGGAGAAGACGACUCAAUGUCAGAGGAGAUGAAAGCAAAAUGUUUGCUUAUUUUAACGUCCCUGAAAGAUUGUUGCAAUGGAUACUUCAUUGGUCCCAUGCAAGAAGAGCUAAAGGUGCAGUAUAAAAGGUUGUGGACUCAUGACUGGCUUACAGGAAGUCAAAAUGUACUGGACAACAUUCUAGAGACUCUGUACAAGAACUUGGAAAACUUCACAGAUCUGAAACCUGUCUGUCGAGAGGAACUCCUGGGUCGGCUCCACACAGACGUGAUGGUGGAGUAUGUGAAGAGGAUGAUGAAGAGGAAGAUAAAGUUGAGAAACAGUGAACAGCAGGGGAAUGCAGCCAGGUUACUAAGUGAAGACAACAGAAAACUCCAUAGUUUCUUCAUUGAAGAAUGGGGUUCUAAAGAGAGUUGGCUGAGUGAGAUCCUUCCUAAACUGGCAGAGGUCCUGAGAUUACAAGAUCCAGGGAGCAUCCAGCUGGAGAUGUUCACACUGGCUAUAAAAUACCCCGACCUCAGAACCAGUCAUGUAUCCGCCCUGCUCUCCCUCAAAACCAACUUGUCGGCAGCUGAUACUCGCACCAUCAAGGAAAGCCUGAAGGAGAACCGCCUCUCGUUCACCUCAGCCAAUGACGUGCGUCCAUUCUUCUCUAAGGUUCCACUGAAAUUGAUAAACAAGGUCGGGACAAGUUGGAGUUUGUUAAGGAGUGUUAAGUGUAACUGUUGAGGUGUCAGACUACUUUUACUACUUUUUUUUAGGUAACGAGUAACUAACGCGUUACUUAUUUAACUGAAUGAAUCCGUAGCUAGCUUCCUUGUUUAAAAAAGUAACGCGUUACUCAAGUUAGUCUUUCGAUCGCAAGCCCUCAGCAUGUAGCUAAUAGUCUAGGAAAAUUGAGGCUACUUUUCGCUAGGUACCUAUGAAAAUCUCUUAGACUGCUAGACAGGUGGGUUCCCCUUUGUUCUUUUGGUGAGCAGUCUCACGAGCCCAACUUACCCGGCUUCAUGGAGCCAACCAGCCAAAUAGUUAUUUAAGACUUGAAUAUACAGUAGGCCUACGUAAUGUCACAUUAAAUAAUGUAUUUGAACUUGUGUUAUACAUUGCUGCAUCGUUGCUGCGGUUUAGGUUUAGGAUGAAAUUACAGUAAAUUAAAGGUCCCAUGACAUGCUGUUUUUGGAUACUUUUAUAAAUGCAUUAGUGGUACCCUAAUACUGUAUCU